UGCUAGACCUCACAAUUCCAAAUGUUGGACGCUGCUGUAAACAAGCCUUUUCAGAUGUCUAUAACAAUAAUUCGUGGAGGUCAUAAAUAUGCACCUAUGGAAUAGAUUUUAAAAAGGCAACAAAGAGGAUAAUGUUAUGAAAGUAGGGGCUCCACGACAAAGUCAGUCCUCCUAUAAAGCACCAGUUCCGGUUGUGAUGCUCUGAGUUAUAUAAGUCUGAACAUUUGUGAUCUAUGGAUCUGCUCUGACUCUAAGAGCCUGCUUAUGGGGGAAGAUUAUCCUGGGUCUUGUGUGUCCAUUCAUCAUCUGCACCUAUCUGCGCAGUGGGUGGCUCUUCCCUGCUGGCCUCUCACUGUGUUAAGGAGUGCGCAUGCUGGAGAGCUCCUCCUAGGGGCCCCUGAAAUUCAAGAAGUGCAGACCCACAGAGGAGUGUGUGUGUCUCCAAACGGGAGGUUAUAGGAGGCAGGUGUCCUGCAGGAGCACUGGGUCACAAAGUGACACCAUCUGGGCCCCAUCUGUCCUUCCUCACGGCACCCUUGGCACCUUAAGCCACUACCCCCAGCCGCAUUUUGGGAGAAAGAUGGAGUCCAAGGUCUCAGAAGGUGGCCUGAACGUGACCCUGACAAUCCGCCUGCUGAUGCAUGGAAAGGAAGUUGGAAGCAUCAUCGGGAAGAAAGGAGAAACUGUGAAAAAGAUGCGUGAAGAGAGUGGUGCGAGGAUCAACAUCUCAGAAGGAAACUGCCCAGAAAGAAUCGUGACCAUCACAGGCCCAACGGAUGCCAUCUUCAAGGCCUUUGCCAUGAUUGCCUACAAGUUUGAAGAGGACAUCAUUAACUCCAUGAGCAACAGCCCUGCCACCAGCAAGCCCCCAGUGACACUGAGGUUGGUGGUCCCCGCCAGCCAGUGCGGGUCCCUGAUUGGCAAAGGCGGCUCCAAGAUCAAGGAGAUCAGGGAGGUAACAGAACCUUCCCCAGCCCGAUGGGUGCCAAGCUGCUGGGUAGGUAAGGACUCUCCCUGGGGGAGGCACUGCCACCCUCAGCAGAGUGUCAGCCCCUGUCACUGCAGACCCUGCUGGCAUGGAGUGUACAAGAAGAGAACAAUCCAAAAAGCAAGAGUGGAACAUGGGAAACCCUGCAGCAUGUGCAGACCCCCUCGCAGGCCUCGUGCAGAGUCCACAGGUGCCCAGGUCCAGGUGGCUGGGGACAUGCUGCCCAACUCCACAGAGCGGGCGGUGACCAUCUCAGGGACCCCUGACGCCAUCAUCCAGUGUGUCAAGCAGAUCUGUGUGGUCAUGCUGGAGUCCCCACCGAAAGGUGCCACCAUUCCCUACCGCCCAAAGCCCGCCUCCACCCCUGUCAUUUUUGCAGGUGGUCAGGCCUACACGAUCCAGGGACAGUAUGCCAUCCCCCACCCGGAGCAGUUGACCAAGCUCCACCAGUUGGCCAUGCAGCAAACCCCCUUUCCUCCCCUCGGACAGACCAACCCCGCUUUCCCCGGAGAAAAGCUGCCUUUACACUCCUCCGAAGAAGCUCAAAAUCUGAUGGGCCAGUCGUCAGGUUUGGACGCCAGCCCCCCGGCCAGCACUCACGAGCUCACCAUUCCCAAUGAUCUAAUAGGCUGUAUAAUUGGACGCCAAGGGACCAAAAUCAAUGAAAUUCGACAGAUGUCUGGAGCUCAGAUCAAAAUUGCCAAUGCCACGGAGGGGUCAUCGGAGCGCCAGAUAACCAUCACAGGGACCCCAGCCAACAUCAGCCUUGCCCAGUACCUCAUCAAUGCCAGGCUGACGUCUGAGGUCACUGGGAUGGGCGCACUCUAAUCCUGCCCAGCGUCCUCUACUCCGUGAACACUGACCUCCACCCAGCUCGCACACUCUGUACAGACCGCCUGCCCUUCGUCCAUAUAUAAAUAGAGGUUUUCUUUACUAACAGAAGUAUCUAUGCCCUAGAGAUCUGCACACACCAACAAAGCCCGUUGAUACUCAUAUCUGUAUGUGAGGUCCAGGCUCUGUCCCUGAUUCUGCUCUGUACGUUAAUUUAUGCUCCACUCUGUUGAUGCAUUGGCAUGCAGUGUUACUUAUUUUAAACGCUUUGGGGGCAUUCCCAUCUGUGACAUUCUAGAAACAUUGUUCUUUAGUGUCAGUGUACCUGUUUUAAGAGUUGGUUUGCCAUUUUGACAGCAUUUCCUCAGCGUCUCCUACGCCGUCUAGAACCGUGGUUGCUUUGAGCUGCUCCCCACUCACCUGCCCCACCUGCUGACCUUGUCCCCUCGCAGCCUGUGCUGGUCUUGGCUCACGUGUCCACGUGGGUCUUGUGCAGAGUGCGCCUUUCCCCUUGUGGCCAAGGAAGGAGAAUGGAGAGCGCAGGGUCCUGACCUGAGGCGCAGGGUGAAGUAGGGGUGCUGGGGCCCUGACUUCACAGGGACGUCACGUGCUGAGGAGGCACGCAUGGCCCCCGGGGGGCUUCUGGGGGCCUGGAGAGUGUGGAGUGUCCAGGAAGCGCCUAUACACCAUGUCAGAGUUCAAUAAAUGUCGUGGGCUGCCCCCACAGGCUCUGCCUCCUCUCUGUGCCCUCUCUCACGCACGCAUGCACACUUGCACACACACGCACCUGUGAGACCUGGCCCCGGGCUGGCCUGCUGCCUGAAGAAGCCACUCUUUCUCCCUCCAGCUAAGGUUUCCCCCUCUGCCUCCAGACCCUUUUAAGUGUUUGACUCUCACGAGUCGUUCUAGUUUUACUUUUGCAAAACUGCCUCAAGUGAUAAUAAUGAAAACUCUGUUCUAUCCUGGUGCCAAAGUGCCAGUUUCUAAUUUGCAGAACUGUCCUCUCCCACUGACACCAUGGGCGUGGGAGGCCGGGCAGUGCAUGGUGACCCCAGGGGCUUCCCUGCGUGGAGCGUGUGCACCUCACACCAUUCACGGAACUGUUUCCUUGGCUCACUUUGCAACAGACAGGCUGCUCACCUGUGCUCACCUUUAAGGCGCCCACUGUGCCCCUUCUGGACGCUGAAGCCCUGGGUGGGACACAGGCCCGGGCACGGGCAGCCUCCCUCAGGGCAAGCAACAAAGGACCCUGCCCGGGGCAGAGUGGAGUCUCAAAGGGAGGCAGAGACCCACAGCCUCUCCCAGAACCCAUCAAGCAUCCAGGGCCGGGGAUGGCCUGCCCACAAUGCCCGCCUCUCACCAGGAGUCCCCUUCCUGCCUGCCCUGAGUGGAAGCUGCCCUGCCUCCCAGACUCUGGCCGGGCCUCAGGGGCUCACCCUGUGUGCCCAGGUUGCCUGGACAGAUUCCGCCAGUCCUCCCCACGGUCCCCUGGUCGAGGUUGGGUGGGCAGCAUAGCAAUGCCUGACCACAUCACACACUCAGUGGUUUAGGGCCUCACGGUCCGCUCAUGCACCCACUGGACACAUCAGCCAUGUGGCCACCACCGCUCAGGGCCCAGGAGGCAGCGGGGAUGUGGCGAACACAGGCCUUCCUCUGGGCGCCUCCGUCAGCAGAUGGCCAGUAGACAGGGUGAGUAGGUGCCUUAGAAAGAGAGAGAUGCUGUGGAAAUAAGGUAAGGGCAGCAGUGAGGAGGACAUUGGAAGUGCAGUAUUAAGUGGGUGGCAAGGUGGUCCCUGGAGAAGCUGCGGGCAGAGGCAGACCUAAGGGGAGAUGUUAGCUGUGCUCCACAGUGGAGAAGAACAGCAGGUGGAGGGGUGGCCAGAGCCAGGGCUGGAGCACCGGAGUUGGUGCAGGUAACAAGAGGAGGGCAGGAGGGGGCAGGAGGAUGGGGUGGGGCGGCUGAGUGCUGGAGGCUGCAGGAGCUGACAGAAGGUGGGGCUCAGGUGGAGCGUCGGGUUCUGAAAGCCUGUUGAAGAAAGGACUUGCAGGAUUCCCGACAGACGGGAUGUGGGCUUUGAAAGAAAGAGGGUCCAGGGGGAGGGACACGAAGGCUCUCGGUCUGAGCUCUGGAAAGACGACUUGCCCUCUGUGAGGGUGGGGAAGACGGGAGCUCAGGUUGGGACUGGUGGGGUUGAGAUACGCUGGCCUCACUGUGGAGGUGUGGGCUCUGAGGUCUGCGAUUUGAGAGCAGUCUGAGUGGGAGACCUAGAAGCAGCAGCCCAGCAGCCAUUUGGGGUGCACUGAGGGAGCUCCACACAGGGAGUCAGGAAAGAGGGUUCUGCACCUGUGCUGACCGCCUCGGGGCCCGGCGUGAGGCCUGGACAGGAUGCUGUGUGUUGGGCAUGUCACUUGCCCCAGGUGAUGCCUGGCACCCUGAGCAGCUGGGCCCCCAGGGAGCGGCCACAAACCACAGGGAGGAGCUGUGGGUCGGGGCAGGCUCACACUUGAGUGUUGAGAAAUCACACGGCUAUGAACACUCGUAUACAAGCCUGUAUGGAUGCAUGCUUUCAUUUUCCUGGGUAAAUACCUAGGGCUGAAAUGACUGGAUCAUGUGAUAGGUAUAUGUUUAACUUUUUAAGAAACUUCUAAACUUUUCUAAAGUGGUUGUACCAUUUUACAUUCUCUCCACAGUGCAUGGGAGUUGCAGUUACUCCACAUCCUCAGCAACAUUUGGUACGCCCAGUCUUUUUAACUGUAGCCAUCCUAGUGGAUGUGAAAUGGUAUCUCAUUGUGGUUUUAAUUGGCAUUUCCCUUAUCACUAAUGAUGUUGAGCAUCUUUUCAUGGGCUUAUUUGCCAUCUGUACCCUCUUUGCUGAAGUGUUUGUUCAAAUCUUUUGCCCAUUUUUUAAUUUGGUUUUCUUAUUAUUGAGUUUUGAGAGUUCUUUAUAUAUUCAGGAUGUGAGACUUUUAUCAGAUAUUUGCCUUGCAAAUAUUUUCUUCCAGUCUGUGGCUUGUCUUUUCAUUCUCUCAAUGAUGUCUUUUGAAGAGCAGAAGUUUAUAAGUUUGAUGAAGUCCGUAUUAUCAAUUUGUUCUUUUAUGGAUUGUGCUUUUAGUGUCAUAUCUAAGAAAUCUUUGACUAACUCAAGAUCACACAGAUUGUCUCGUAUGUUUUCUUCUAGAAGUUUUGUGAUUUUAUUCCCCUACUAAAUUGCCUUUGCACCUUUAUCAAAAAUCAGUUCUCCAUAUUUAUGCAGGUUUAUUUCUGGUAUCUAUUCUGUUCUGUUGAUCUAUUUGUCUAUCUUUAUGCCAACAGCACAGAGUCUUGAUUACCAUAGCCUUAUAAUAAGUCUUCAGAUCAGGUAGUGUUAGUCCUCCAAUGUUGUUCUUCUUUUCCAAAGUUGUUUUGACUAUUCUAGGUCGUUUUUGUAUUUCCGUGUGAAUUUUAGAAUCAGCUGGUAAUUUUCAACAACAACAAAAAUGCUGGGGUUUUGAUUGGGAUGGUGUGGAACCUACUGAUUAAUUUCAUGAUAAUUGACAGCUUAACGAUAUGGAGUCAUUUGACCCAUGGACAAGGUAUAUCUCUCCAUUUAUUUAUGUCUUAUUUAAUUUCUUUCAGCAGUGUUUUGUAGUUCUCAGUGAACAGGUUUGCAGAUCUUUUGUCAGCCUUAUCCUGAAGUAUUUCGUAUGUGCUAUACUGUUUUAAACUGCUUUAACUUUACAAUUGUUCAUUGCUAAUAUAUAGAAAUACAAUUGAUUUGUGUCUAUUUAUCUUGUAUCUGACAACCUGUGCAACUCAGUAUAAUUGUGGAUUUGUCUGUUUCUCCUUGCAGUUCUAUCCAUUUUAGAUUUGUUUUGAAACUCUAUUGUAAGAUGCAUAAAUGUUUAGUAUUUUUAUGUCCUCCA